GCGGGCGGGCGGGCGAGCCAGGGGCGCGGGUGGUAGGUCCGUGGAGCCCGCCGCCGUGGCCGUGGCCGCCGGGGGGCCAUGAGGGAGUACAAGGUGGUGGUGCUGGGCAGCGGCGGGGUGGGCAAGUCGGCGCUGACGGUGCAGUUCGUGACGGGCACCUUCAUCGAGAAGUACGACCCCACCAUCGAGGACUUCUACCGCAAGGAGAUCGAGGUGGACUGCUCGCCCUCCGUGCUGGAGAUCCUGGACACGGCCGGCACCGAGCAGUUCGCCUCCAUGCGGGACCUCUACAUCAAGAACGGCCAGGGCUUCAUCCUGGUCUACAGCCUGGUCAACCAGCAGUCCUUCCAGGACAUCAAGCCGAUGAGGGACCAAAUAGUCCGUGUGAAGCGCUACGAGAAGGUUCCUCUCAUCCUGGUGGGGAAUAAAGUUGACCUGGAGUCGGAGAGGGAGGUUUUGUCCGCGGAAGGCCGAGCCCUGGCCCAGGAGUGGGGCUGCCCCUUCAUGGAGACCUCUGCCAAGAGCAAGACCAUGGUGGAUGAACUCUUUGCCGAGAUUGUGCGACAAAUGAACUAUGCGUCCCUGCCUGAAAAGCAAGAGCAGUGUUGUACAACUUGUGUUGUCCAGUGAGGGAGAAAGCAAAGUCUCCAUCAUGGCCAUGCAGAGCAGAUAAAACUCAGAGGAAAUUUGCACAGAUGCUGCAUUGGAGAACUCUUUUUAAGCCCAGGUUGCCGAACUGAGCCUUGCUUAACCUGGUCUCGGUCUUCAGCACACGUUUUCCAGGCAUCCGGUGUGAAACAGGCAAAGGAGCAGCCAGGGAGCGGCACGGGCCUGCUACAAACACUUAGCAUGUUUACCAUUUGAUUUGGGAAUCUGUUCUUGAUCUCUUGGGGUGUUCUUUUUUUUAAUAGCUUUCUAAGUUCCUAUUAAUGGCUAAUAUGCAAAAAAGUUCAUUUUAAACUAUUUUAUUUCUUUAAUUGAUUUCUAAAUCUUGUAUUUAUUAAACUUUAAACUCAGUAUUACCUACUCAAUGCCUUUUUAAGAGAAAAAAAAAUUAAUGGAGAAUAAAAGUGAGCCUUAAACACAAAUGGUUACUUCUGUAUAUUACCUCACAUCCGUGCUUGAUUUGCAAAAGAGAGGAAGAGAGAGAGAGAGAGAGAAAGAAAGAGUGAAAACAAGAUUUCUUCUCCUCUAAAAUGUCAUUGAUUGGAACUUGGAAACAUUCUGUCUGUUUACAUGUGAUGGUGUCCUAGAAGGAUGUUUAAGAAUGGCCUGGCGGGAGGAUGCGACAUCCCUUUUCUCAGCAGCUGUGGUGGCCUGAUGUGAUUGGCCUGGUGGGGACUGGAGACAUCCAGGAAUUUGUAUGUGUGUUCUCUGUUGUUAUAUGGUUAUUUGGGUUUGGGGUUUGUUUUGUUCUUCUUUUGAAAGAAAAGGCUGUGUUGAAAAAUCACUCGUUCAUCUGCUUUAUUACAUUCAUCUUCCAAAGGCUGGAAAACCUUUUUCCUUGGAAAAUGGACAGUGUGUCUUAGGUUGUGUUCCAAAGCAAACCUCAACUUGAGAUUUCUCCCAUAGGAUUUAAGGCGACACUUUGGCAAAGGAACAAAAAAAAAAAAGGACUUUAGGCUUUUUUUUUUAAUUGUUUCUGUCCAAAACCAUUGAAGCAAUGCACGAGUUGGCCUGGCUCAGAGCUCCCUCGCUUGCUUUGUUGGUUUCUGUUGGAGGCAGCCUUGGUUGGUUGCUGAGGCCAGGAAGCAAAGCAACAGGAGCCUUGGCCUUCCACGGCCCCCAUUUUCCCCGAAAAACUGCAGUGUGUAACUCGUUGCGGUCUUCGAAGAAGAACCCGGGUUUUGAGCAGACGGAAGAGAGAGCGUUGGUGGAAGUGUUAGCAGCACCACAACUGUGAGAGACCUUUUCCUUGGCACUGAUGUAAGUUGGGGUGUCUUCUCUCCCCUCCAGGCAGGGAAUAAAUGUGCACCUGAAGUCCUUUGACCGUGUAUCUUGACUUCGACCAAAUUUCAUCCUUAAAUCUAUCUGGCCGUCGGCGGUUAGCAUGCUGGGCCUUUUAACCCCCCGAGCCUUCCCGGGGUUUUCAUCUCUCCGUUCAAAAUUUUGCAGUGAAGUCAAAAGUUAGGCUCGCACUUUAACGGAAGUCUCCAGGCGUGAAGAAGCCCUGUUUUUGCAGUGCUCUUUAACGUUGGCCAAGUAUCAGGCGUGCCAAGGGAAUUGACAGAAUUCACACAGUGACUGUACCUUAGUUCUUCAGUGGUGGACACAUUGCUUAAACUUCUCUGUUGGUUGACCUUUUGAUAUAUAUAUAUAUAUAUAUAAAAAAGAAAAUUCCAAUUUCUUUCUCAAUUGGAGUUGGGGACGGCAAAGAGCUUGGCAUCUGACUUGGGCAGCUGCUGCAGUUUGGAAUGGAGGGGGGGCCCUGCCCAUUUAAGAACGGCAGCCUUCCCGGUCGUUAAGUUUAUUGCAAGGUUCAAAUUCAGGCCUCCCCCCCCCCCCCCCCCCCCCCCGGCCCUGGAUUCCAGGAAGACUCUGGAGCUGCACAAGGGCCACUUCUGGUCCAACUGAGAAGGCGCUGGGACAUUUGUCCCACUUGCCCUGGUUGAAUCAUGAAGUCUUUGGGCCAAGAUCCCAGGUGAUGAAUCUGAGGAAGGGGGAGGACUCGCCUCUUUCUCCACAUUGCACAGCGGGAAGCCACAUGGUGCUCUGGUGGGUGUGGCGGGGUGGCCAGCCAGGUGCCCGAACCCAGCCCUUGUUGGGAGCGAUUCCUUCCCGGGGCUGCGUGUGGCAUCCCCUUCCUGGAUGUGGCACCCCAGCCCUCUUCUGCCUGAAUGUUCUCACGGUUUAAUUCAGUUAAUCAAAUGUACUGUACCUCUUUUCUUGGGGAAAAGUA